AUGGAAAGAUUUUAUGAGCAACAAUUACUUAAUAUUGCACAUAAAUGUCCUGGUUAUUUACAAAAUGCAAGAAGGUUUUUAUGUACUGAGUGGAAAACUGUAGAUGCAAACUUGAUUCAAAAAACUGAAGUAGAAAAUAAAUUCUUGGUGUCAAGCACAAGGCAAAACAGUCUUUUCUACACUGUAAACACUGCGAUUGAAACAUGUACAUGUUUAAUUGGCAUAAAUGGUGCACCUU